AACAUACACAUGUGUACAUUCAUUCACACGUACGCGUUCAUACGUGCACAUGUCCACAUGGAAAUCUCCACCUCUAUAUAAUAAGAUGCUUCAAGUGUGUGAGGAAGCUAAAAGAGUGAUUAUUAAUGGCGACUUCAGGGUUUAAGCAUUUGGUGGUUGUGAAGUUUAAGGAAGAUGCUAAGGUUGAUGAGAUCUUGAAGGGAUUAGAGAAUCUUGUUUCUCAAAUUGAUUCUGUCAAAUCCUUUGAAUGGGGAGAAGAUAAUGAGAGUCACGAGAUGCUUAGACAAGGAUUCACUCAUGCAUUCUCGAUGACUUUUGAGAACAAAGAUGCUUACGUUUCUUUCACAGGCCAUCCUCUUCACGUUGAGUUCUCUGCCGCUUUCACCGCCGUCAUCGACAAGAUUGUGGUCAUGGACUUCACCGUCGCCGCCGUCAAAUCUCCCGUUGUUGUAGCACCGUGAAAACUCAUCGUACUUGUUUCUUAAUUAAUCUCGUUUUAUAAUUUAAUCGAGGUUUGUGAGUUGUUUCGGUUUAUGUAAUUCUGUUUGUUAAGUAUGUUUUGGUUUGAUUCCUUCAGUUCCGGUUCGGAAUAAUAAAAAACUGGUUUUGUGGGUAGUUUGGUUAUUGUUUAUUUUUUAAGUGAAAACAAAAAUAUAAUCUUGUGUUAAAUGGAAUUCAAGUAAGUAAUCUGUUUUCU